GUUGGGAUCUGGGUAGACUUUUAACUAUAUUCUAAACCAGUUUCUAAAUCCCCAACUCGUAACAGAAGUAAAUGAUGACAGACAGUGAAGUAAGUGAUGACAGACAGUGAAGUCAGUGAUGACAAAAGAAAUUACUGAGGAAGAUCUGAGGGCUGUUGGCUCCAUGUUGGUGAAUCAUUAAUAUUUACUGACAAUUAAGACAAAUGUCAGAUGUGGAAGUUGAUUGAGUGGCUCCGGGCGACGUUUGCUUCAGCUGAUCUUGUGGCACCGCGAGGCAUAAUGAGAGUGUGGGUGUGGGUGAUGAUGUGGGCGUGUAUGGGGCGGGUAGUGUGGGUGUACCCAACCUGGGAGGUGAACGUGGGUGUGGAUGCUCCUUACUGUGAGUACAGGAGUCCCACACUCGUCUGUGACUACAAGAAAGUGAAUCAGAUGGUGAAUAUGGUGCAGGUGAACGAUACAGUGCAGAUGGUGUUUGUGAACAACGCGGUGAAGCUACAGCUGAGUGAGUCUGUGUGUGUCAGUGUUAUGUUGAAGAAUGUGGCCGACGUGGUGGUGGUGAAGGGCAAGGACCACCCCUGUCACCGCCACCUUACACUCUCAGCCACAAACUCAACCUUGAACAGACUGCCCGGCCGGAUGGGUCACGUUCACCUGGAGGACGUCAACAUCACCUCGCUGGACACCACCGUCAACAUCACACAAUUCAUCGUCAUCAACUCCAUCGUCAAAGUCCUCGACAUUUCCAGCCCCCUGACCAGCGGCGCCUCCGUUGACUUCGUCUCAACCCACAUAGACACUCUCCAGAGCCUUCACGUAGCUGAUGGCUCAGAGGUUCUGCUGCAGAAAACAAAACUUCACGAUGUUGCUUCUAAGGCUGUGAUAAUAGACGGAGGAAACUUGGUGAUGAGAAACUCUUCUAUAGUCAGAGUAGCAGAGGAGAGUGUCAUCAUGUUUCCAGGAUCUCACCUCAGUCUAGAACACUUCUUUGGUAGCUUGAGGGUGAAAGCUGUGGAGAGUGUUGCUGCCACGAGUCGUCCAACACCACAGUGUCCUACAAGGUCCAGUGAGUGUGAGCCAGUGACCAGUUAUCUCGGUGGGUUUGUAACUUGCCUCUUACUACUGAUGGUCUCGGUCACCAUAAACAUAUUGGGUGUUGUCUACGUGAAACACAACUACCCACAAAACGUCGGUCAAAAGACGACAGAAGAACACCAAGACCAGCGAGAACCUGAGUCUUGUGUUGAAUAUUCUAAGGAUGAAGAAGAAAACCUGUUACUUCAACAGUCACCUUCAGACAGUUUCCUGACGUACAUAAACAGUCUCUCACAGUUACUCAAAGAUUUUAGUGAUGAUCUACAAAGUGUAAACUCAAAACAUGAAUCAUUUACCUCGGAGGUGAGUCUUAAAGACGAAGCUGAGAUGAGCGAGAUGAAAGAUAAUCCAGAUGGAAAGUUGAGUGAAAAUAAUGAGUCGAAAACACCGAAGAUUUUAGAGUUGGAAAAAGAGAUACAAGAGUUGAAGUCUUCAGCAAAUGAUAGGGAUAAAACAUAUAUAUUACGAGAUACACAAGAGCUCUUAGAAGCAGAAUAUAAGAGCAACAAACUCGAUAAUACACGUAAUAAAAACGCACAAAAAUUAGUUGACAGAGAGAAAGUUUGUAGUGAGAAUCACCAGUUGCUCAACACUAUGGCCGAGAUGGGACAAGGUUGGUUAUCACGGUGGAACGAAACUCUUACAACUCAUGAUGAAAUUAUGACUCAGUUAUCACCUGUUAUGAAGUUAUUUAUAAUUACCGAUAAUUUGUUGAGUUGUAGAAUUAAUGAUGUGUUAAGUAAGUAUAAACAGCAGCGUCCAGAGACGGAGAGAAUUAUUAUGAGUUUAUCAGAAGAAGAAGAUGAAAAGUUUAGGGAAAUUGAAAAUCAAUUGUUAUCGCAACUGCCGAAGCAAGAACAACAACACUUACAAGGUCGUGAUUUUGUGAGAAAGUUUGCACGACAUUUGAUGGGUGAAAGGUUAAGCAACCAACAUCACUCAUUACAACUGGAGCUCCUCAAGGUUCGUCACUACAUAAAGUUACAACAAGAAAUGAUGAAUCACUCAAGAGCUGACGAUAAGUUACGUCACCGGGAAGCUCUCGUGAGGCACCAAGAGAAGCACCUGACGGACAUACAGACAAUACUUAACACUAUAUUGUUUAUACAGAGUUCUUAUGUUGCCUUACUGAAGCAGAUAUUUGACCGACAGACACAGGACUGAACAAGACGAGGGUGAACCUUCAACACGGGACUGAACAAGACGAGGGUGAACCUUCAACACGGGACUGAACAAGACGAGGGUGAACCUUCAACACGGGACUGAACAAGACGAGGGUGAACCUUCAACACGUGGUUCAGACUCAGUAAAACAGUCUUUCACCUCCACGCCUUUGGCAGGGUCAGCGGCUUCGCUCUUAACUUCACUUCAUUAUACGAUGAUUUAAUUGAUUCUUUUAAUGUUAUUGUACAAUUAAUCUACAAUAGUUGAUGGUAGUGUUGUAGGUUAGGUAUUGUUGUCACUGUGCACAUAAUUAUAUUUGUUAACAA